AUGCGCGUGUUUGUGACGGUCGGGACGACGAAAUUCGACGCGCUCGUGGCCGCGCUGGACACCGACGCGUGUCUGUCGGCGCUCGUCGCGCGGGGCUUCACGUCCGUGCGCAUGCAGAUCGGCCACGGCGCGCAUGUCCCGCGGCCGUCGUUCCCCGGCCUCGAGCUGAGCUUCUACCGCCACGACCCGCACUACAAGCAGGACGUGGCGGCGGCCGACCUGGUCGUGAGUCACGCCGGCGCGGGCUCCGUCAUGGACAGCCUCGCGCUCCAGAAGAAGCUCGUGGUGGUCGUGAACGACGCGCUCAUGGACAACCACCAGACGGAGCUGGCCGAGGCCAUGGCCGGUCGGCGCUUUUGCCUCCAGACGUCGGUCAAAGAGCUGCCGCGCGUGCUGGCAACCGGCCACUGGACCGACUUGCAGGUGUACCCGUCGCCGGACGAACAGGCGUUCCCCGACUUGGUCGACGCUGUGAUGGGCGUGGCACGAGCUGCGAAGAAGGAGCAGUAG